AUGAUGAACCGUGAGAUGGAUCAAGCCUACACCGGAAUCAACCACAAGCAAACCGCCAUCGUUGUCGAAAACCAGGCCGCGGGGCCUGGUGAAGCCAUUGGCAACCAGGCGGAACGCCCAGCCGUCGGCCACAGCGGGCGUGGGAUAGCCGACGGUCAGCGUAUUGGCGCAGUCAGCAGCGAGGACCACGCUGGGCAGUCCUGCCAGGGCAAGGAAUGGCAAUGUGCGCUUCACCAUCGCGUUAGACGGUCGACACAGGCUGGAUAG